AUUCGGCCCAGUACCGUGUGAGAAAAGGAAGAAUAGAGGGCAGCUUGUAGUGUUCAGCGGGGUUUGGUAAAGGGUUUGGGGUGGUGUUCUUGUAAAUUCUUUUUUUUUUUUUUUGCUCAUAAAGACUGUUGUUUCUAUUAACUAUCCUGGCGAGAGGUUGAACGGUUAAAAUGGAGGCGGACAGAUCCGGCGGAGGACCAAACCCGAACUCUGGAGGCGGUGGUAACGGCAAUAGCGGAGCGGGGCGCAACCCUAACGGGCCUAAAUCGGCACCGGGCCAGACGACAUCGGGUGCCAUAGUCGGGCCAAUGGCAGCGGCAGCCGGCGCCGUUCCCGGGUCGUUCCUGCCGCGAGAGGCGCAGGACGGGGACUCGGGUAUGACGCUUCCCGGGAUCCUACACUUCAUCCAGUACGAGUGGGGACGCUUCCAGGCCGAGAAAUACCGCUGGGAGGCUGAGAGGGACGAACUUAGGGCUCAGGUGGCAUUCCUGCAGGGUGAGAGGAAAGGCCAGGAAAACAUGAAACAGGACCUGGUGAGGCGGAUCAAAAUGUUGGAGUACGCCCUCAAACAAGAAAGGGCUAAACAUCAAAAGCUGAAAUCAGGAAAUGACCAGAGUCCUGGAGACAAGAAGCCUGAGAUGGAGGCAGAUCAAGUUCCCAACGGACCAGCUGAGAUGGACUCUGAGCCAGCCAAUCAGAUGUCCUGGAAAGAGGGCCGUCAGCUACUACGCAAGUACUUGGAGGAAGUGGGUUAUUCAGAUACCAUCCUGGACAUGCGCUCUAAACGAGUGCGGUCCCUGCUUGGGAGGAGCAGCCCAGAGGCUAAUGGGCCCCCACCAAGCGAAAGCUGUCCAGAACCAGAACCUCGAGCAGCUGGAGAAUCCUUGUUGGUCAGACAAAUCGAAGAACAAAUUAAGAAAAAUGCGGGUAAAGAAUGCUCAAAGGAAAGUGGGGGCAGCUCUGUGCUCGAUAAGAUCCCCUUCCUUCAUGGCUGUGAGGAUGAUGACGAGGAAGACAGUGAUGAAGAAGAUGAUUUCCAAGGCAUUGCUACCGAUUGCAUUGACGGCCCGUGCAAAAACAAAAAAUCCCGUGUAAAGAUAAGUUCAGAGCCCAUGACCACAGAUCUGGACCCUGAAGAUGAGGAGGACGAAGAUGACUCAGAGGACGCCCUGAAUGAAUUUGACUUUCUGGGCUCAGGGGAGGAUGGGGAGGGGGCGGGAGAGGCCCGGAUCUCGGGUGAUGGACGGGAGAUAGAGAACCGCAGGAACAAGCUGCAAGGCCUGAUGUCGGACUUUCCUCCUAAACCAUCUCCGCCCCCAUCUGUAUCAGGACAGGCUCGCUCUGGGGAAGGUGGUGCUCUGGGAUUCUCUUCUGACGUCUUUAUUAUGGAUGCUGUUGGAGGUGGCGACAUGAAUCUGGGUGAACUGGCAGAUCUCACUGUUGCCAAUGACAAUGAACUCUCCAUAGAUAUGCAGGACAACAGAGAAGACUUCAAGAAGACCUGGAAUCCUCGUUUCACGCUGCGCAGCCACUUUGACGCCAUCCGGGCGUUGACGUUUCAUCCUAACCAAGCAGUGCUGCUCACUGCAUCUGAGGAUGGUACACUAAAACUGUGGAACCUCAACAAGGCCAUGCACUCAAAAAAGAACGCAGCUUUGGACGUAGAGCCCAUCUACACCUUCAGGGCACACAGUGGAGCCGUCCUGUCUCUGACCACGAGUGAGGAUGGGGAGUCCUGCUACAGCGGAGGUUUGGACGGAACUGUCCGGUGUUGGAAGAUGCCUGACCUGAACGUGGAUCCUUAUGAUAACUAUGAUCCUGGCAUCCAGAGCAGCGUGCUGGAAGGCCAUGAGGACAGCGUUUGGGGUCUGACCUACUCUUCUGUUCACCAUCGUCUCGCUUCAUGCUCUGCCGAUGGCACGAUUCGUCUCUGGAGUCCUCAGAACUCAUCUCCCUGCCUGUCUGUCUUUAAUAAAGAAAGAGAACAUGGAACACCCACCUCUGUAGCCUUUGUAACCACCGAUCCCAACCAGAUGGUGGUCUCAUUCGACAGCGGUGAGACGCUGCUCUACGACCUCAACACGGAACAGAGCAUCGCUGCAUUAGAGACGCAGACAAAAGAUGGCAGUGAACUAAUUAAUCGCGUCGUGAGUCACCCGACGGAGCCCGUCUCCAUCACAGCACAUGAGAACCGUACAAUCUGCUUCAUGGACAACAAGACUGGUAAAGUUGUCCACUCUAUGGUGGCACACUUGGAUGCAGUGACAUGCCUCACCACAGACCCUAAAGGCACUUACCUCGUCUCUGGAAGCCACGACUGCUCAGUGCGUCUGUGGAUGCUGGACAACAGGACGUGCGUGCAGGAAAUAACCGCACACAGGAAGAAGUACGACGAGGCCAUUCAUGACGUGGCCUUCCAUCCUUCACAGCCCUUCAUCGCCAGCGCUGGCGCAGACGCACUUGCCAAGAUUUUUGUCUGAAUCCACUGUUGUCAUUUCGUGUCCUUCAACCACAACUGAGGAAGAAGAGGCUGAAGACGACAGUGGACCGAUUUCUCCUGCCCUCUCCCACACAAAGACACACACCCGUCCUGCAGCCCACUGGCUGGGUCGUCACCACAGGACAUCCACCCCCUCUCCCCCCCUCCACAGUUCUGAUGCCUCAGUGACUUCUUGUAAUACUAAUCAUAUCUUGUACUGCUUUUUUUACAACCUAAGAAUUAUGGCUGCUCUGUUUUCAAGUAAUCAUAUUUAAAAAAAACAACACUUUUCUACACUACACCCUCCUUUCUUUUUUUGUCCUCUCUCCUCUGCCUAUCUUUAUUACAAUCCACCCUGUGUAUAAUGCCGGUGCGCUCUUGCUGCUGACACACUACCCACAUUUCACUAACACAUUUGCACUGCCGCCUAUCAUUUCUGAUCUUCGUUCGACGAGGAAGUGCUUCUGGCGAACACACAGUAGUAGGUAUGACGUAACGCAGCAACGGCUGCAAGUAUUCACAAGGAACACCUGAUCCCGGCUUUGCUUUAGGAAUCGAUGUCUCACAUUCCAAAGACUCUGGGCAGAGUGUGUUUGUUUGGUUUCAUAUUUCGAAUUGGAGAAUGUUUAACUGUUUUAUGUAAUAUAUAUACAAGAUGGGGGGAGGGGGGGCACUAAGCAGUAAAUGAAUAGCUUUAAUUUUUAAAUGACAUAAUUUGACUUCAUCCCGUUUUUAAUUCCUCUGUGUCUGCGUCUUUAGAUUCUGUCUUUUUGUGUGUGUUGCCCUUUAAAGGCAACACUUCCCACCAGAAACAACACAAAUUAUUUUACAGCGAGCAGACUGAUGAUCUCAGACUACAUUUACAGGCUGACGAUAGAGAUUACAAGUACGGCUAAAAUCAGGAAGCUGUAGCAGCGGGAGCCUGACCUGUUUGCUCUCUACAAAUGGCACAGAUGCUGCCGUUUGGUGCUUUUUACUGUACAGUGGAGUGUGUGGGUGUGUGUGUGUUUGUGAAUGCACUAUUUAAAUCAUGGUGCUACAAAAAGACCUCAUCAGUCUUGAGUCUGAAUCAGGGACCUGGUUAUUGUGUUUCUGUGAGAUUGUUGUCACUUUUUAGGCUGUUUUGGUUGAGUCAUUCCAUUGACUGUGACCAGUCGCUGUUAAUGUUUUGAUUUAAGGAAUGUGAACGGUUUUGAUUGUUUCAGGCCUGAGGAAUGUGCAGGUCUGAUGCCGAGAAGGUGGCUUUAGUUUGUUUGGGGUUAUUGUUUGUUUUAUUCAUGGUUUUCAGUGUUUUAGAACAGCCAGAAGUCAUUAACCUUUUUGUUUUACCUUCACAGGGGCUAAUGACACAAAGAUGAGUUUCAGCUUCCUGUAGAGGCAUGCUUUGAGGAAUGUUGACUUAUAUACUUUUGGGGGCUUUUAAUGAUAAAUUUAAACUUUACUUUUAAAAGAUAAUUUUAGUGAUUUGUUUUUAUUUUAUUUAUUUUUAUUUUUUUUACAGAUAUUGGGUGCAGGGGUUUCAAUUCAUUUGGGAUUUUCUUUGUUCUACACAAGAUUAAAAUGACAAAUAUAGACUGAAAACACACACAUCCCCACAGAAUGUGUUGGUAAACAUCCCUUUGCAAACGACAAUGUGACCACCUUUAUCUGUUUGUUAUCAACAAACUAACAGUAUGAUUGGGACUAAAUACUUGAUCGCAAGUUUAUUUCAUUUGGUUGGUUUCCUGUGAUGGACCUGGCUUUUAAGCAAAUUUUAUAAUCUGAGAUUUUCCAGUUCUGAAAGUAACACACUGGAAGAUGGUGCUUCAUUUUAAAGGUGUCAGUGUUCACCCUGAACACAGUUUUAUAUGAAGGAAAGGGAAUCGGUGAAAAAGAGGCUAAAAUUCAACCCUUCAAGAAUUUAAAAGCAUGAACACUAACCCAUCUGUCAAGCAUGGAUGUGGUAGCAUCAUGCUGUGGGGCAGUUUUCUAUUCAGCAGAAUAAUAAAAUAGGACCUCCUUAAUUAUGUUCAGGUUUGCCUCAAAUAAAUAGAUGGUAGACAUCGGGAAACCCAUUGAAAAUGAGAAAGGUGGACAUCAAACUUCCAGAGCGGGUCUAAUCAUGUUUGUUCAGAGAAACCAGAUAUUUUCAGCGAAGUUUGUAUUUUAUGGUAAAAGUUAUGCUGGAAAUUUGAAGAUAGUUUGGUUUCUCUGCAGAUUCCGAAGGGGUCAUUAUAUGAAUAGCUAUCUUAGAUACUGUAUAGGAAUGUUCUCAAUAGAUUCAAACUUAUCCUUCCUAAUUAUUUUCUUUAAAAUUAGAUCAUUAAAAGCCCCAAGUUCUUGUAAUAAGUAUAAACUCUCUCAAACAAAUCAUUCGACCGGGGAAAACCUAGACAUCUCCUGGCUUUUAAUGGUUCUGUCUCUUCAGUUGCUGCUUUUACAAAAAUCUCUACUAAUACCUUUCUGCAUUUAAAUGUGUACAAUCUGUUUGCAGAAGACAAUAUUGGUUGCUUUUAAUUUGAACAAGCUAAACAAAGAUGUUGAUGAAUCACGACAAGAUGGCAUUCAGAUGUGAUGUGGAUUCUCUAAAAUCCAGAAAACGGAGCCUGCCAGAUUAGAUUAGGAAUGGUUUUCUAAAAAAAAAAAAAAACAGUUAAAACAUUGCAUAAUUAUUAGAUUAAGGUGAACUUUACAUUUUACCAAGGAGCCCUUAGUGGAGAAUAUUUAAACAGACCCCUAAAAUUAAACAGGGUCACAAUUUUGUUUGUGUUUUGCAACGCUGGAAUUGAAUACUAAUCUGUAUAUUUUUUUGUCCAAACAGGGUGUUGUAUAGAUGUGUGAGAUUAAAGAACAUGUCACUGCUGUUAGUUUAACAUGCAUCAGAAAAACAAAUGAUAGAUAUGAUCCUCAGCAGGUCAUAGUGUUCUGUUUUUACACUUAACUAUUUACUUCCAUCUUGCACUACAUCUAAAAGUGAAUGCUUAGUGUAGAAAUGAGCAGAUGGGGUGCAGAAAAGGUUUACAGGUGGUUUCUUCACCUGAAGUGAAAGCUCCUGUCCAUCUGAGCGAAUUAAGACAAAUCAGAGCGACGUAUUAAGAAAUCGGAAACAGGCUGUAGAUGAUAAGUAGGCUCACCAUUAUGUGCUGUAAAUGUCUAUCAUUUCAUUGCUUUCUUUCUUGCAUUUCAUUUUUUUAAAUAUAAAUAUGAUUAUUACGAUUUCAGAAUGCUGUAGUAUCAUAAGUGACUCAUUUUCCUUGCUAAGUAUAAAACACAAUUGUGGAUGAUGAUAAUGAUGAAGAUGAUGUAAAACCUGUAAAAA